UAAACUUACAAAAUUUGCACAAAAAUAAUGUACUCCAGUGCAUGUAUUAUACUAGCAGAUUUUGCAACUUGAGAUUUUGAACAUUCAGAAUAAAUUUCUUUCAGGACACUAAUGUAAUACUAUGAUACACAUCUCUUUGAUGAGCAUUUUGUUGCUACGUUAUUCAACAGAACAGGUAUUAUAUUACAUGUAACUGAAAGACAUUGUGUACCAUUUCUGUCAGUUUAGUCAUUGGCAAUCAUUAAUGUAAGUCUACUGUUAUGCGAUAAUUUACGGAAAUUUCUCAUUAAAGUAGUCUAGACCUUUGGACACGUUCUUGGUUCCAGACUGGAUAACUAAAUAAAGUCUGGCCAUGCCCUCCGAGACUAAACCAGAUAAUCGAAGGAUCAACUAUACGCCCUGAUCCACCCACUUAAAUAGAUAAACUGCACACGGGAGUAUGCACAUGCAACAGAUAAACAUACCUGUGUCCAUAGUAACAUGCAGUUGUUAAUUGCUCAUGCGCAUUAAAGGACACGCCCCUUUCAGAGGAAAUUGCCAAGCCGGAUAAUCGAGGUUCCAGAUAAUUAAACUAUAAUUAUUGCCAAACUUAUAAUUAUUAUUUUCCAUAUAAUAGUGCUCGUUAUAUAAUAAGAGUUGUCCAUUUUUUCGUAGGGUAAUCUUUUUUAGCAUGUAGCUUGCUGAACUGUAACAAAUCAGAAGUGAUGCUGAUUUUAAAUUCACAAAUUGAUAUUUCUCAGGGUUGUUGGUGGGUUAUCAACAUUGUUGGGUUCUUUGAGGUGUUCUGUGAUGUGGAGCCCAAGAGGAAGGCACUGGCUGCAGCUAAUGCUGAGCUGGCAGCAGCACAGGAGAAACUCUCCAAGAUAAAGGGAAAAUAAAGGGAGACAAGUUGAUCAUUGACAACUACUUUAGUGUGUGCUUACUUACAAUGUAUGUAUAAUAUGUAAUUAUAUUAUAGCCACUAGAAUGAAUGUGGGUGUAUACAUUUAUCCUCACUGUAGGAUUUAGAUGACAACCUGGCUGAGCUGACGAAAGAGUUUGAAGAGGCAACUUCUGCAAAGCUGAGAUGUCAGCAACAGGCCGAAGCCACUGCCAGCACUAUCUCACUAGCUAACAGACUGGUCGGUGGUCUUGCCUCAGAGAAAGUGCGAUGAGCGGAGUCUAUUGAGAAGUUUAAACAAGAGGCGAUGACAUUGGCUGGUGACGUGCUCCUAACGUCAUCCUAUCUGUCGUAUGUAGGCUGUUUUGGACGCAACUAUCGUACUUAUCUACUGGAGACAAAAUGGAUGAGUGCCUCAAGACUAUACAGCCUACCAUUCCUAUGACUGAGGAUCUGGAUGUCCUCUUCCUGCUCACUGAUGGUGCCACAAUCGCUCGUUGGAACAAUGAAAAGCUGCCCAGUGAUCGAAUGUCUGUCGAGAAUGCUACUAUCCUCACAAAUGCAGAGCGCUGGCCACUCAUGAUUGAUCCCCAGCUACAAGGCAUAUCAAAUGGAUCAAGACACGAGAGGGGGAUCAAUUGCAGAUUGUCCGACUUGGACAGAAGGGGUACCUACCUGGAUACCAUUGAGCGAGCUGUGAGCAAUGGUGACUGUCUCCUACUAGAGAAUAUUGGUGAGUCAGUGGACCCAGUGUUGGACCCUCUACUGGGACGACUCACUAUCAAGAAGGGCAAGUAUAUCAAGAUAGGUGACAAGGAGAUUGAAUGUCAUCCUAACUUUAGGCUCAUUCUACAAUCUCUUCAGACUCGGUGCGUAGCAAAAUCUGCUGGUAGCUGCAAAAGUGAGAAAAGAGCUGAAAAAAGCUGCACCUGCAGCAAGCCAGUGGAUUUUGAACUCCUUUUUAGCAACUAUCAUGUCGAUCAUUUCCCAUGAUGCAUGCAGUAUAAA